AUGCCGGCCAUACAGGGCAGCACCGCCUGGGUCUCCGGCGCAGCGCAGGGGAUCGGACUGGCUCUCAGCCGCGAGCUGGUUGCGAAGGGCGCCAACGUGGUGAUGGCAGAUCUGAUGGAGCAGAGUAAGGGCCAGAAAUUGGCCGCCGAAGUGUCUCAGGGUGGCGCCGGCGUGGCGGUGUAUGACCAGGUCGAUGUGACAGACUCUGGGAGCCUCCAUCGCAGCAUGGUGGACAAGCCCAAGGAGGCCUUCGGAUGUUGUGCCUUCAUCGUGAUCAACAAUGCAGGCAUCGCGGUCAGCGAUGACGCCGGCGAGGCCAAGAUGAAGGCCAUGGUCGAUGUGAACUUGAUGGCGGUGAUGAGGGGCACCUACGUGGCUGCCGAGGCGAUGCGCGCGGCCGGCCAGAAGGGCGUGGUCAUCAACACCGCGAGCAUGGGCGGCCUCCUACCGCUUCCCGAAACGCCGGCCUACGCAGCUUCCAAGUGGGCAGUGGUGGGCUUCACACUCUCAUGCCGCCCACUCAAGAAGUCGCACGGCGUGCGCGUGAACUGCGUGUGCCCAGCUAUGACGCAGACACCCGCGGUCGGAGCCUUUUUUGAGAGCAAGUUCAAGGAGGCGGAUGCAAAUCAUCCGCUUUUGCAAGAUCAGCUGCUACCCGAAGUGGUCGCGGACGCGUAUAUUGCUCUGAUUGAGAACGAAAAGCUGAACUCUCAGGCAGCUGCCAUCAUGCCGCAGGUGAGCUACUUGCACAACUUCGACUUCGUCGGCGUCACGAUGCAGGGCAUGAAGGACGGUGUGAAGCUGCCCCGUCGUGCAAAGCUCUGA